AUGUUCACUAGUAAGCAUGUAUCGGUUGAACGAUGUAUAAAUAUUGCUUCUUCGGAUGCUAUUAAUUCUUGUAUUCAUAAAGAAACUGUUAACCUUUGGAUAAAAUCUAUCUUAUUUGUUUUGGUGAUUUUAUUUGCGAUACACUUAUUUGGAAAUGCACAGAGACUAAAACGAGAACUUUUGGUGCCAAAUAUUAAUCGUUAUCAACAGCCAUUUGUAGUUGCUAAACUUGGUACAGCAUAA